AUGUAUACCUCAAUCAAGACUUUGGCCGCCGCCAUUGUUCUGCCCCUUGUGGCAGCCCUCCCUCUCAACCAGCGCGAGGAGGCCGCUGUUUUCGACAGCAGCAAGCCCUUCGCCCUUCACACUGAAGUCGUCAAUGGUACCUCGGCAUUCAACGACCUAACUCUGACCUCCUUCCAUACUGGUGCUGGUCAAUCUACUGUCAUAGGAACCAAGAACAGCAGCACGGCCAUUGGAUGGGUCCUCUCGAACUCGGUUCUCCAGCAGCCCAUCACAGUCAAUGGAGCUCCUGGCUACGCUUUCAACCUCAGCCUCUUUGAACAACAACCCGUCUACUCCAAUGCUCCUUCUGGCUAUGACUACAUCUCCCUGGGUGUAUCUGGUGUACCUACCACUGGCUUCUACUUCAAUAACUCGACUCUUGCCUGGUCUGGCUCAAACUCCACAGCUCCUGAAUCUUUCGACGGCUGCUUUGCUCUGUGCCACGUCAACGGCACUGCCCCAUACUUCUCACUCGGUCCUGAAUACCAGCUGUUGUGGAAGACCAACAACGCUUCCAGCACUUCCUCCAUCUGUGCCGAUGUCAAGUUGAUCGGAACCAACAUCGUUGAGCCCUAG